AUGCUUUCUCUGGCCCGAGACCCGGUGGGAUACGUGCCGAACACAGAUAGGAAACAGGUAUCCCGCGGAGGAUACGUGAUCCGAGAGCCAAAUGACUUCCAUCUCACACUGGCAAGCUGCGGAUCAAAUCUCCAUUUUGCUGUUGCUGCUGCCGAUAUUUUGGCCAGCGAGGGCAUUUCUGUGCGCUUGGUCAGUGCGCCGAGCCUGGAAAUGUUCGAAAAGCAGAGCGCCGAGUACAAGGCGUCGGUGUUUCCACCGGAUGACAAGCCCGUCGUCAGCGUGGAGGAGUUUGUGGCCACGGUCUAG